AUGGCCAGAAAGGGUGGCGUGGGGUCUCCUCCCCACGGCCCGCCGAGUCUCCUCCUGCUGCGGGGCCUUGCUUCCUCCUCUGGCCGCUCCACUCGUGCCCUCCGGAGCCCCUCUCCCCAGAGGCAGGGGCGGGCAAAGUACUCAAGAAGAAGGGGCGAGGGAAUGGAAAAGCAGCGAAGCACGGGGCGAGAGGCGAGCAGUUGCGAAACGAUCCGCACCGGGGGCAGGAGCUGUAGAGGUGGAGGGGAGGGAGUCCGAGGGGGCGGAGUGCGGAGGGGCCGAGGCCGCCGAGCGCUAGAGCCCAGCUGCAGCUGUCAGCAGGCGCGCCGGGGCUCGGCCGAGCGUGCGCGCCCGGCACCAGCCUCCCUCCGGCGCCGGCGGGGACGGGCACCUCGGCGGCCUCGCUCUGCCGACGAGCCCGCGCGGCUUGGCGACGGCGAAACGAGAGAAGGAGCGCCGGGGCUCGAGCGAAGCCUCUCCGCCGUCCCCAGGCCUCCGCCUCCUGCGCCAGCGCCUCCUCCCGCCGCUCCCUCCGCCUGCCCGACCCCUCCCUCGCGAAGCCCCCUCCUCGCCGGUCCCACACCUCCCUCUAGCGACUCCAAGCCCCGUCCCUUCGCAGCGCUGCCUCCCUCUCCGGGCUCCACAGACGGAGAAACUAGGUGGGUGGAGGACGUGCAGGCGGAGGGACUGUGGAAGGGUUUAGGUGACCGAGGCGAGAAGUCAAGAUCGCCCAUUUCAACCCUCAGGCAGGCUCCUGCCCAAAGCGGGGGGGUGGGGGCUCAGGGAGAGGGACGAUGCGGGGCAACUCGUGGACUGUGCCAGGCUGCAGCAGGGGCUCGCAAAAAUUACCCACUCUCCCGUUUGGGGCGUGGGACCCUAGGGACCUCCAGGCCGGCUCCGGGCCACAGUGCCCCCGGGGUCGCGCGGCCAGGGGCGCUGCCACUUGGACUGGGCGCCGCUCGGCGCCGACACGGUAGGCGCCGGAUGUGGGCAACUGAAGAAGGGUCGCGGCUUCCCACAACCUCCCAGCGUCUGUCGGGGCCCCACCCGGCCGAGGCCACGUACGCCGCGGCUCGCGGGCGCCCAGGGAGGGUUUUCUCCCUCCCCCGCAGCCCCUUCAGCCAGGGGCGAGGACGGCCCGUGCGCCACGUUUCACUUCAGCUUUCACUGGCACCUCCCUGGCCAUCUCCCCUGCUGUUUUCCCAGUGGGCUGCUCAGACUCGGGCCAUCCGCGAAGGCCUCUGCCCCAGCCACGGACGUGAACAGAAAGAAAGCAAAAAACUUCGCGACUCAGCCACACCUUCCCUCCUCCUCAGAGAAACUCCCCGGCAGAGUUACAGACUGAGGAGGACAGAUGGAAGGAGAGAGAGAGAGAAAGAUCUUCUGUCCUGCAGUUCACUCCCCAAAUGGCUGCAACGACUGGUGCUGCACCAGGCCGAAGCCAGGAGCUGGGAGCCUCUUUCAAGUCUUCCUCGUGGUCCCAGGGCCCCAAGCACGUGGGCCAUUUUCUGCCUGCUUUCCUAGGAGUAUUAGCAGGGAGCUGGAUCAGAAGUGGUGCAGCCAAGUUCUCAAACUGGUGACCGUAUUGGAUGCUGGCAUUGCAAAUGGAGGCUUAAUCUGCUAAACCACAAAGCUGGUCCCUCUCCAAUUCAUUUCUAAGGAAAAUAUGCAAUCGGUACCUAUUUGUACUGUUAAAAUGUCUGUCUGGCUAAAUUUAAAGUCUUUUUCUAAAAGUGUGACUGAAAAUGAAAUUCAGUAAAUGUAUGAAAGAUAAACGUUAAAUGUUGUACUUCUGAAAGGUCAUUUUGGUUCAAAGAAGAGAAUCUUGACUUACGAUUAUAUAAUUAUGCCAAAAAUGUCUCUGCAGGAGUGAAUAGGCAACUAUUGCUCCUUCUUAAAAGUUAUGAUUUUGGCAAAGUGUAUAACCUCAGAUGCUCUGAGGAUCUAAGAAAGAAAGAUUCUGAAGAGUUGCAGACGUUAAUGAUACUGGUUGCAAAGAUGUUUUCAAUAGUUAGCACUUUUAGAAUUGCCAUAGGCUUAAUUAUUUUUUUAAAUGUUUAUUAACUUAUUUGAAGGGCAGUUACAGAGAGGCAUAGGCAGAGACAAAGGCAGAGAGAGAGAGAGAGGGGUCUUCCAACUGCUGGUUCUCUCCCCAGAUGGCCGCAAUGGCUGGAGCUGUGCCGAUCCCAAGCCAGGAGCCAGGAGCUUCUUCCAGGUCUCCCACAUGGGUGCAGGGGCCCAAAGACUUGGGCCAUCUUCCACUGCCUUCCCAGGCUACAGCAGAGAGCUGGAAUGGAAGUAGAGCAGCUGGUUCUCGAACUGGUACCCAUAUGGAAUGUCAGCACUGUAGGCGGCAGCUUUACCUACUUCGCCACAGUGCUGGGCCGGUCCCUCAUUGAUUUUCAUUUUCAUCUGCUCACAUAAAAGAAAACUAUAUAUUAAAUGUUAAAGCAUUGAUUUCUUUUCCCUUAACAAAUCCUUUCAUUAGGGAUUUGAUACACAGUAAAAUGAAGUACACACAAAGACAAACACAUCAUUUUAAGAUUUCUAGCCUCUCUUUUUCACUUUUGGUAGCAGUUAAUUGUCGGCUUCCCGAUCGUCAGAAACUGGCCAGGAAGCCAAUGAUGGGUUCCACAAAGGAGACUGAGAAGGCUCAGGUACACACCUUUAUUAUGGCAUCUAGAGGGAGAGACUGCUCAGCCAAACUCCUGUGGGCACAAGGCACUAUGGACCAGGGAGAGAGGCUGAGCAACCUCUGCUUUACAGCAUUUGAGGGUCCACUUAUAUAGUUUUUGAAGGGCAACCCAGCCCCUGUGUCGCCUUCCCAGGGUCUUGUAGUCAUAGCAACACCGCCCUCCUAGGCCCCCUAGUCUUAGUAGAAGGGUUACAUAGUUGGAACAAUGGUCUAUGGUUAGGCCAUUUCCUCUUGCAGGGCAGCUUAGAGUGCAACUUCUUCGUAAUUCCUUGACAGUUAAUUUUAAACAAGUAUCUUUAAUGUUAUAACUAUGCAAUCUUUUUUACAAGUAUACAUGAAUAUCAUAUAUUAAAUAAUUUUAAAGGUAUUUGUUAUCUCUUGAGACAAAUUCUCAGUAGGCUAUUCUUAACAAUAUUCCAAAGGAUAUGUGCUGUUUUCAAAGGUAAUUGGCUCAUUAGCAAUGGAGAUAAACUGGCCAGUUCAAAGCAUUAAGUCAGACCCAUGUAAAAUGAGCACAACAGGAGUAGUUUGCUGAAUUUCAUGUAGGUAAUUCAAAAUACAGUUUAAUGACUUAAGGAUAAAACAUUACGCCAUGUUAAACAAUGUAGUUGAGCACCCAUUUGGUUUAAGAAUACCACUGUUUAGCACAGCCAAAUGUGUGUUUGUAUAUGUAUAUGUGUAUCUCAAGGGAAAGCAUUAACACUAUGAUGAAGAUUAAAACCAGUAACUUUUAAGACUAAAUAGGUUUCAAACAUAUGUUUUAUAUCACUAAAUAUAUUUUGGUUAUACAUUCUUUAUAUUUCUUUAUUUAUGAAAAUAUAUCAAACAAUUCAUAAACCUAAAUGUUUAUAAACUCUAAAGAUCUUCAAAAUGUUCAUGGAAAAUGCAUAUUAUUAAAAACCUAUGGAUAGGGUUCAAAAAUGUUUUGCAACUAUAUAAAUUUAUUUUUAAUCCCAUUUUUAAUAUCUGCUCAAAUAUAACUGAAAAUUGUUGCUACUAGCAACAUAUAAAACAAUUUUUAAUGAAGAAUAUACUGUGGUUGUAGAUAUUGGAUCAUUUGGACCAGAAGAAUCUCUGUGCCAUGGAACAAUGGGAAGAGGAAAGGAUGCUGGGCCAGGGUUGAGGAAAUUAAUGUGCCUUAAAAAUUUUUUUCUGCCAGGUUCUCAACAGAAGGAUGGCCAGAAUCCAGCACAAGGUUGAUGAACUCAGUUUGAGGAGGCAAGGCAGGGAGGGUUUGCAAAACAUAGCUCCAAUCAGUGUGGUGUAGGUGGUCAUAUCAUGGCUCCAGAUGGUCUCUUUCUGAGCCAGGGAUUAUGGAGAGCAAGAUGCAGCCCCACAAAGCUGAGCCAGGUCACCUGGAAUCUAGUCUUAGCAGGGAAUGGUGAUGCCGAAGGCUUUGAAAGCAUAGUCGUUCACAUGGUGUACACUUGGGAAUCAGGUAGACACAGAUUAUAAUUCUGGUUCUGCCACAUACUUGUCAUGUUUUGUGGCCUUUUAAGCUUUCACCUUCUUUAGCCUUAGUCUUAUCCUUCAUUAAGUGGGCCUAAAAAUAGUUACCUCAAAAGACUUUCUUGGGGAAUUACAUGAAGUAUUAUAGAAUCUAGUGGUUAAAAAUGCAAAGAUUGAGACUAUAAAGAUUAAACACAUAGGAUCUGUAGCUAGAGUCCUUGGAUUUGGAUGCUAGCUUGUGAACGUGGGCUAUUUUACUUAAGUUUCUUCACUUCAGUUUUAUUUCUAUGAAUAGGAUGCUAAUGCAGCUAUCUUUUAGAGUCUGGUAGAACAGAGCCUGGUACAUAACAGUAAUCAAUAAAGUUAAUCAUCAUUAUGUGUAAUGUUAUAAAAACAUAUAAUACUUUUAUUGUUGCUAUUCUUCUUUUUUAAUAGAGCCAUAUAUAUAGAUAAGGAGAUAUGGUGGUGAUUAGAAGAAAGCUGUGGUUAGUGAAUGCCUGUGAAUUCAAAAUUCAAUCUAAUUUUUAAACCACAGGCUUCAUCCUAGAUAUGUUGAUAGAAUCUAUGCUGUUCAUGUAUGAUUUGCCAUUAUCAAAACUCUUCAGACUCUGAGUCGUGAGAACCACAGUUGAAUGGAAACUCCAUAAGCUAAGGUUAAGCAUGAUGGGAGAGCGAGGAAAUAUAAGUAAUGUGGUCAUCAUUAUACAAUUUAAGAAGAAAACUAGAUAUAUAUGUCAUAAGAAUUUUGUUAUGUCUUCAAAAUUAUCAUAUUAUCCUUGGCUUAUUCUGCUCUGCUAAGAAGCUGUUGAAGACACGUCAUAUUGGUCAUUCUUCUUUGAUUCCACCUUUUUAAUUACAUUUGAGGGGGGGAUGAUUUAUAUUAAAGAAUAUUAUUAGGCACUAAAUUCUCUAUGUCUUGGUUUCCUUAUUUGUUAAACACAGUAUUUAGAAGACAAAUUCUGUAAUAAAUUUUCAAUUAAUAAAAUAAUUGAGUCUAUGAUCAUAUACUAUAUUUGGCUUACUUAGAAUGCUACCUGAUUGUAUCUGGCCAUAAAUUAUUCUAAAUAUUAAGUCACAAAUGUCAGUGGGGUGGGACAGGAAGAAGUAGGGUGAGUAAAUGGAAGGUGAGGAAGUACAAAUAGGAGGUCAUAUGAUUAAUUUUACAAAUUUGGGUGAAAAGGAAAGGAGAUUGGACAGUGAGCUAAAGACAUAUAGUAUUUGUUACCACAUUUUAAUGAAGUCCUGGGACUUUGUGUAACUAAAAAUCUUUGGAUUAGGUUCAACAUCAUUGAACAAUAAUGCUAUAAAGGGUUCUGUGAAGUUGGGACUCUAAUUUAUAAUAUUUAUGCAUUAAACAAAGCAAUUUAUAAUGAAACAUAGCCUGAGGAAUGUCUGAUUGUUUUUCAACAUGUUCUGUCUUUCCAUUUUUUAUUAGAGGGUAGAAUUGAUGGUAAAGGAAGUUGCCUGAAAACUUAUACCAUGAUUCACAUUGGAAAUUUCACAAUUCUCUUUAUUUUUUAAGCCUUAUAGCUGUUUUGAGUUCCGUGUCAGGUGAAUUCUAACAGAAUCUUGGCUUCGCACUAGCUGUCAUUACUUCUUGGAAAAUAUUUUGCUUUUUCCUUCUAUAAUGUGUUGUAUCAUGACAAUGAUGACCAAUAUUGUCUACAUGAAGGUGUGGAGCAAGUGCCACGUUCUGUGUUCUGUUUGCAGUCUUUCACUUAAUCUUCACAGGAAGCCUUUAAGGCAGAUGCUAUCAUUACUCUCAUUUUAUUUAUUUAUUUAUUUUUUUAACUUUUAUUUAAUGAAUAUAAAUUUCCAAAGUACAGAAUAUGGAUUACAAUGGCUUCCCCCCAUAACGUCCCUCCCACCCACAACCCUCCCCUUAUCCACUCCCUCUCCCCUUCCAUUCACAUCAAGAUUCAUUUUCGAUUCCCUUUAUAUACAGAAGAUCAGUUUAGCAUACAUUAAGUAAAGAUUUCAACAAUUUGCUCCCACACAGAAACAUAAAGUGAAAAAUACUGUUUGAGUACUAGUUAUAGCAUUAAAUCUCAAUGUACAGGACACUAAGGACAAAGAUCCUACAUGAGGAGUAAGUGCACAGUGACUCUUGCUGUUGACUUAACAAAUUGACACUCUUGUUUAUGGCCUCAGUAAUCACCCUAGGCUCUUGUCAUGAGCUGCCAAGGCUAUGGAAGCCCCCUGAGUUCACUGACUCUGAUCAUAUUUAGACAAGGCCAUGGUCAAAGUGGAAGUUCUCUCCUCCGUUCAGAGAAAGGUACCUCUUUCUUUGAUGACCCAUUCUUUCCACUGGGAUCUCACUCAUGGAGAUCUUUCAUUUAGGUUUUUCUUUUUUCCCCCAGAGUGUCUUGGCUUUCCAUGCCUGAAAUACUCUCAUGGGCAUUUCAGCCGGAUCCACAUUUUAUUUAUUUUAAAGGGAGAGAGAGAAAGAGAGAAAGAGAGAAAGAGAGAGAGAGAGAGAGAGAGAGAGUUAUCUCCCAUCUGCUAGUUCAUUCCCCAAAAGGGUUGGGCCAAGCCGAAGCCAGGAACCCGAAACUCCAUGUGGGUCUCCCACAUGGGUAGCAGAGGCCUAACUACCUGAGCUAUCUCCCUCUGUUUUCCUAGGCACCUUACCAAGUAGCUGGAUUGGAAGCACAGCAGCCAGGACUCGAAGCGUUGCUCUGUUAGAGGAUGCCAGUGUUGCAGGAGGUAGCUUAACCCAUUGCUCCACAAUGUUAGUCUCUGAUUACUCUCAUUUUAUACAAGAGAAAGUUAAAGCUUUGAAAAGUUGAGUAUCUUGCUCCAGGUCACAAAAGUUGUAAACUUGGGACCUUGAAUGCCAAUUUCACAUUUUGAAUCACUCAGAUUUUUAGACAAGCAUGAAGGAAGAGUGGACAAUGAGGAUGGUAAAAGCUUCUGAAUGCAGAUGUGAGACCUUCUCCAAGGGAAACACCUCAAGAUUUUCCAGUGUGCUUUAUUUGAGCAUUGUAGCUGUUUUAUAGAACUUGGGAAUUCUUUUUUAUGGUAUGUAUUUUGCUUGCUGCAAGUCUGUCCACUGUAUUUUUCUCAGAAGGACCAGUCUAUUAAGAUUUAUUGUUACAAAAGUGACAAUUUAUACAUGUUUUCAGAAAGUUUGGCAAUGGCUUAUAAACUUCCCUGGUGCAUCUCUGUUUUUUAUGCUCUUGAAAAAUAAAUUAUUUUGUGUUCCCUCUGUCCUUAAAGAGCUAUUAUUUCUAACUAAAUGCUUAACACCACACAUAGGCCAAGGGGUUAAGAGGUUUUUGUUGAUAGUGCUCAUUAAAACACUCAAAACUAAAAAUCUGAGGUGCAUUCCCUGUGGAGUAUAAUCAAGCUUUUAUUGUGUGAGUGUAUCUUUUACCUACUUUUUUGGGAAGUAAUUUUCCAAAGUAUAAAGUGUUGGAGACCUUAUAAUGGGAUACUUUUGCUGAAAGCUGGGAGUUGGGGAGAAGACACAUGAUAUAAGCUUUUUCCUACUAAUGUGACCUGUAAAUUAAUUCUUUAGACAAUAAUUUAGUUAUGGUACAAAGCAUUGGGUCAGAUACUGUGGCAGAUAAAGGGAAAUUAGAGUAUAUAAUUCCUGGGGUAACAAGAAAUAUAUGUAAAGAAGUAAAUAUCAACUUAAAAAGUCCCAGAGGAAUUCUGGCAAUAUUAAAUGGUUGACAGAGAUUAGUGUGGGUGUUAUGAAAGAAGGAUUUGAUGCACUGAAUUUAGAGGCAGGACUAUAAGAAGACAUGCUCAAGACAGUGACUCUCUGAAGUAUAAAGUGGGAGAAAGGGCAAAGUUAGAGGAAAAAUGAGAUAAGUAGCUUGUACUCAGAUUGUAAAGAAGCUAGAAUGCUAAUCUAAAAAAUCGGAUCUUAGUCACCAAAGCAGCACGGAGAGAUUAUGCAUGGAUACCUGACAUAAUGAGGUUAAAAUAAUUUUUUAAAAUAUUUAUUUAAUUUUUUGAAGGGCAGAGAUACAGAGAGAAAUGGAGAGACAGAGAGAGAUUUUCCAUGUACUGGUUCAGUCUUCAAAUGGCCACAAAGGCCAGAACUGGGCACAGAAGAACCAGGAGUCAGAUGCUUCAUCUGGGUAUCCCACAUGGGUACAGGGACCCAAGUACUUGGGCCAUCUUCUGUUGCUUUCCCAGGUGCAUUAGCAGAGAUCUGGACUGAAAGUGGAGCAACCAGGUCUUAAACCAGCACCCAUGCAGGAUGCCAACAUCACAGGAAGUAGUUUUAUCCACUAUAUCACAACGCUGUCCCCAAUCUGAGUUUCUUUUAAAAAUGUAUGUAUUAGAGAGAGAGAGAGAUCUGCUUCAGUGACUUUGAAUGCCUGGAAUAGUGGGGCUGGGCCACUAUGAAACUGGAAAUGCAAUUCAGGUCUUCCAUGUGGUUGGCAGUGAUCAAAGUACCCAAGCCAUCAUCUGUUGCCUCUCAGAGUAUGUAUUAACAGGAAGCUGGAAUCGGAAGCAGAGCAGGGACUCCAACCCAGGCAUUCCAAUACAGAAUACAGGCAUCUCAAGCAAUGUCUAAAGCUCUUGCCAAAUGCCUGACCCCAUCUGAGUUUCUAACUUCUAUCAUUGGGAAAGUAAUAGUGUCAUUGACAGAUGAAAAAAUUAUGAAAAAAUUUUAUACAAAUUGGGCUUGAAGUGACACCUAAAUUGACAUGUCCAAUUGCAUACCUUUUAUUUUAUUCCCACAGUGUGAACUGCAUGUUCUGAGUUUGCUGUUAUACUUUGCCAGGUAUGUCUCCCAUGAGAUGAACUCUUUGGAAUGGUAAGCAAAAGAAAGUCUA